AUGUUCACUGCUUCUGCCCGAAGCCGUAUUUCUACCCUGCCAAGGCAACGCCUUCCUCCGAACCCUCUCCUCGCCCGCUCGACUCUCACAAUGGCCCCCCGACGAACGGCAUCUUCCGUCCCUGAGGGAUACAAGGAGGACCUCUCGAAGGGCAAGAUGCUUCGUUUCGAAGACUCUCUCCCCAAACUCCCCGUUCCUUCCCUAGAAGAGACCAGCCGUCGGUACCUCAAGUCCGUCCACGCUGUCGUCUCCGAGUCCGAGUAUGAGCGCACCAAGAAUGCUGUGGAGGAAUUCGUCCGCCCCGGUGGUCAGGGUGAGUCUCUGCAGAAGCGUCUCUUGGCUCGCGCCGCCGACCCUAAGAUCAAGAACUGGCUCGCCGAGUGGUGGAACCAGGCCGCCUACCUCACUUACCGCGACCCCGUCAUCCCUUACGUCUCCUACUUCUACUCCUACCGGGACGACCGCGAGCGUCGCAACCCAGCCAAGCGCGCUGCUGCCAUCACCACUGCUGCGCUCGAGUUCAAGGCUAAGGUCGAUGAUGGCUCUUUGGAGCCCGAGUACCUCCGUAAGGAGCCUCAGGCCAUGAGCUCGUACCAGUACAUGUUCAACUGCUGCCGUAUUCCCGCCGAAGGCGCGGAUUUCCCUCGCAAGUAUGCCGCUUCUGAGAACCAGCACAUCGUCGUGGUGCGCAAGAACCAGUUCUUCAAGGUCCCGCUCGUCGUGGACGGUCAGCAGCUCAAUGUCUCCGAGUUGGAGAAGCAGUUCGAGCGCAUCUACGAGGUUGCACAGCCCGCGCCUCCCGUUGGCGUGCUGACUGUUGCGGACCGCGAUCACUGGACCGCUGCUCGCAAGACCCUCGUUUCUCUUGACCCUGCCAAUGAGCUGGCCUUGCAGGAUAUUGAGUCUGCUGGCUUCGUGGUCUGCUUGGACGAUGCCCGCCCUGUCACUCUAGCUGAGCGCUGCUCGCAGUACUGGCACGGUGAUGGCUCCAACCGCUGGUUCGACAAGCCUCUGCAGUUCAUCGUCAACGACAAUGGUACCGCUGGUUUCAUGGGCGAGCACAGCAUGAUGGACGGCACUCCCACCCACCGCCUGAACGACUUUAUCAACAACGUCAUCUUCAACAAGAAAAUCGACCUCUCCGCCCAGUCCGUGCGCUCCCAGCUCGCUGACCCCAAGCCCAUCAACUUCAAGCUGAACGACGCCGCCAAUGAGGCCAUCGACGUCGCAACUCAGUACCACCGCAAGCAGAUCGGCUCCCACGAGCUGGUCGUCCAGGCCUACCAGGGCUACGGCAAGGGUCUGAUCAAGAAGUUCAAGUGCAGCCCCGACGCCUUCGUCCAGAUGACCAUCCAGUUGGCCUACUUCAAGAUGUACGGCAAGAACCGUCCCACCUAUGAGUCCGCCUCCACCCGCAAGUUCGCCGAAGGCCGCACCGAGACAACCCGCACAGUCUCCGACGAGAGCGUUGCCUUCUGCAAGGCUCACGAGGACCACACCACCCCCCGCGAGGAGACCGUCAAGCUCUUCCGCGCUGCCCUCGCCCAGCACACCAAGUACACCCAGGAGGCUAGCGCCGGCCACGGUGUCGACCGUCACCUGUUCGGUCUGAAGAAGCUUCUCCAGCCCGGCGAGAAGCUGCCCGAGAUCUACCAGGAUCCCGCAUUCGCCUACUCUUCCUCUUGGUACCUCUCCACCUCCCAGUUGAGCUCCGAGUUCUUCAAUGGAUACGGAUGGAGCCAGGUUAUUGACGAUGGAUUCGGAAUUGCCUACAUGAUCAACGAGAACAGCCUCAACUUCAAUAUCGUCUGCAAGCGUCUCGGCGCCGAGCGCAUGAGCCACUUCCUCAAUGAGGCUGCCACUGAUCUUCGCGACCUCCUCAUGCCCGACCUGGCUGCCAAGGCCGAGAAGCCGAAGCUGUAA